UACCUAUGUACAGUGUUUAUGUUUGUUUCCACUUUCGAUGUUAAUUUAAAAUAAACAAGCAAGAAGUCCUCUAAGUAUUUUUUGAUCUUUGUUGAUUAAUUUCUUAUUAGUGUUUUGGUAUAUUGUAAAUAGGCCAUCAAUAUGUUGAAAGCUGUAAUACUUAUUGGUGGGCCACAAAAAGGCACUCGCUUUCGACCACUAUCAUUAGAUACUCCGAAACCACUGUUUCCAAUAGCUGGCUUACCUUUAAUACAGCAUCAUAUCGCCGCGUGUGCGAACUUAGAAGAAUGCAAAGAGAUAUUAAUCAUAGGAUCUUAUUCAGCAUCAACAAUGGGACAGUUUAUCACUGAUAUGCAGAAAGAGUAUACAAUGAUCAUAAGGUAUCUGCAAGAGUUUACACCUCUUGGCACGGGAGGUGGUCUAUAUCACUUCAGAGAUCAGGUUCGUGCCGGAAAUCCAGUUGCAUUCUUCCUUUUAAAUGGAGAUGUAUGUGCUGAUUUUCCACUUCGGGAACUGUGGAAGUUUCAUGAAGAAAGACCAAAUGCAUUGGUAACAAUGAUGGGAACAGAAGCAACACGGCAGCAAGCAAUCUUCUACGGUUGCAUGGUGCGAGAGGCUUCUACUAAAGCAGUGACACAUUAUGUGGAGAAACCAAACAGCUAUGUCUCGACUUUGAUUAACUGUGGAGUGUAUGUGUGUUCGCUGCAAGUGUUCUCAGUAAUGGCCGAUGCAUUUCAGAGGAAGCAAGAUGAAUUUUAUAGUGGAAACGGCCAAGUCAGCCCCGGUUAUAUCUCAUGGGAACAAGAUGUGCUUUCACCAUUGGCUGGAUCUAACAAACUGUUUGCAAUGCAGAGCACAAAUUGGUGGUCUCAAGUGAAGACGGCUGGUUCGGCGAUCUACGCCAACCGGCACUACCUUGAGUUGCAUCGAAACAAGUACAGCAAAUCUCCAUGUACGAUCAUACCAGACGUGUACAUACACCCGACAGCUGUAGUUGAUAGUACUGCUGUGAUAGGUCCGAACGUGUCUAUCGGCGCCGGGGUUACGGUGGGGGGCGGAGUGCGGAUCAAGGAGUCGAUAGUUCUGAACAACGCCACCUUACACGACCACUCGCUCGUCAUGUAUGCAGUUGUGGGUCAAGAAGCAACAGUGGGUGAGUGGUCUCGUAUAGAAGGAACGCCAUCGGACCCAGAUCCGAAUAAACCGUUCGCUAAGAUGGACAACCAGCCGCUAUUCAACAGUGACGGGAGACUUAACCCAUCUAUUACCAUAUUGGGUGCAGGAGUUGUGGUACCCGGUGAAACGAUUCUUCUGAACUCGAUAGUGUUGCCGCAUAAGCAUCUAAAUAGAAACUACAAACAUGAGAUCAUCUUAUAGUGUUGCAAACUCUUCGAAAGAUUUAUGUGAUUGUGAUAUUUUAGUAACAUCACGGCCUUUAAAAAAAAUAAGGACUCCGUCACCUUAGAUAACAGUGUAGCACCAAAACAAGCCGAUUAACGUGUACAAAAAUGUGUGUAAAUACAUAGCCCCACGCACACAUUCACUACUACAGGCCGAUAGGCGGCCAUUAUGAGAAUUGUCAUCGUCUGUGACAGAUCAGUUUGCGUCACAAUAAAAUAUUUUAAAAAUGCCGUUGUGCGUUGUGAAAAAGUGUAAAAACGAUACUAUGUAAGUAUUUUUGGCCAUAUAGGAUUAUUUAAGGGAGAAAAAAUUGUGUAAGUAGUAUCCCCCGUUACCGCACACACACUAGCAUAACGGUGCUUCACUUACUAAUAUCACGGCGCGGAGUCCUUUUUUUUACUCGUCCGUGAGUACCAUAAUUUUUUUAUCAUGAUGUAAGAUAUAUUGUAUAUACGGAAGAUUAGAUAGAACACGAAUUAAACCAUAAAAUUUAAAUAAAAAACGAUAUAUUUUUCAAUGUGUAUUAUGGUAGAUAUUGUAAUAAAAGCUAUUUAAUCUAUAAACCAGAUUUAACUAUAAAAUAAACAUUAAAUUGAAUGAUCAAGUUUGAAAUAAAAAUAUCAUGUUUGUGUACCAAAGAAAUUUAUAGAUAAUAACAUUGUGAAAUGAAUAUAUUAUUUUUGUGUGUUUUAUUUUUUUUAAUCCAAAACCACCAGUGACUAUGAUAAUAAUGUUAAAUUGUUUGAAGAUAAUGGAGGGCUAACACAUAUGACGUUUGUUUUUUCAAAAACAAUUAAUUGUAAUCACGUUUCAUAUAAAAUUUUUCGGCGUCAUUUGGCUUAUCCACCUUAGAACAGCCAUUUAGGAUCAUUGUGCCCAUAUCUCCAUUUAAGAGAAAGUGAUAUGGAAUUUGUAUAAUAGUAAUUCUCGACUGAUUGAAUAAUUUGCAAAUUUUUUUAUUAUAACCCCGCGUGUUCAAACAGGGUUACUGACCUCUACUAUAUACCACUGGACUGGUGGCUGUCAAAGUGCUUUUGUGCCUGUUUGAUAUUCGCCAUUUUGGCACUGUUGGCCAUGUAGCGAGGGUCUGCGGUACUAAAACUAGUGAUGACAACCUCAGGAAAUAUCGAUAGAUGGUGGGAAACUAUUUACAAAAAAAAAUGUGUAGUUUAGAGCGUUGAUUCUUGAAGUAUUAAUAAUACAGAAAACGAACGAAAUUAAUUAAAAAUGCAAAAAUACUUCAGAUUAUUGUACGCUGCUUCGCAGCCAUUUGCAUUAAAUACGUCAAAAUUUGUUCUCUGGACGUUUGCUGUAAAACAAUAUAUGGAACAGCCUGUCCAGUGGUUUUUAUACAGGUCAGUGAGCAGGGUCGUUACCGUAUUGUAUUAACGUGUGCGUGACGUCAGCGGUUUUGAUUGGUGAUUUUUGUUGUCUCUGGACUGCUAACAUCUGACGUCACUAAGAUGGCGGCCUAUGCCUUUAUCAACGCGCGCAGGGAUAAUAAUUUUAACUUGUGUUCUUUUAUAGGGUAGAAGAUUACUUAAGUGUAUAUGUUAAAAAGUUUUACUUGUUUGUCGUUCGGUAGACCUCAUAACUAAAUAUAAAAAUGUAAUAUAAAACUAGUUCUGUGGUAUGAAUGAAUAUAGUUUUUGCAAUUUUUAACAAUAGUCCAUACUGAGUGAUAGACGAAAAUUUUUCCGACCAUAGGGUAGCUAGUACAAUUGCUUAGUUGCAUAAAUGGACCUGUUGAUCUGUUUGACUAGGUGCAGUCCUAUUUUGUAAUUCGGAGAGUUUUGGUUUGCCAUAUACCGAUAUGUUCGCGGUAUUUUAGACCUUAAUCAACUUCCAAGUUGUUGUGUUAUGUGUGUAAAUAAUAAAUAUUAUAUUAAAUUAAAAAUUGUUGAUAUA